AUGCUGUAUUCUUACGCGCGACAACUCUUACUUGGUGCUCUUGCACUGCAAGGUGCAGAUGCAGCGAGCUGGAAGGAUUACAAACCUCAGAGUCGUACACCGAGUUCAUGUCCCGAUUAUGUCGACUACUCGCAGAAACCUCACGAACCUUUGUCUUCGGGGAAGCUCAAGUUGCCGUUUAUGAGGCCGAGUGAGGAAUGCAGGACUUUCAAGAGCCCUGCUAAAGUCAUCAAGGACAUGAAGAAGCGCAUCAAAAAUCCUGAUCUAGCGCGUUUGUUCGAGAAUGCUUUUCCUUCGACGCUUGAUACUACGGUCAAGUACUUUGACGCGAAGAAGAAUCUAGCCUUUAUCGUUACUGGUGACAUCACUGCACAAUGGCUACGCGACACAGGAAACCAGUUUGCUCAUCUGUACAAGCUACUCCCUCAAGAUGAGAACUUGAAGGAUCUGGUCAAAGCUAUUAUCAACACUGAAGCGAGAUACAUCUCUGAAUAUCCCUACUGCGGCGCCUUUCAACCUCCUCCCGAGAGUGGAUUAAGUCCCUCGGUCAACGAUUAUGCCGAACUUGUCACUGUGAACCCGCCUGUCGAUAACCAGACUGUGUUUGAGUGCAAAUAUGAGCUCGAUUCACUCGCCGGCUUCCUCAAAAUCGCUCGGUCUUACUACAACAACACCAAAGACGCGUCUUUCAUCAACGACAACUUCAAAUCUGCCAUGACCCAAAUCCUUCGCGUCAUUGACGAGCAAUCUCAAAGCACAUGGGCUGAAGACUGGUCAUAUGUCAGCUACUACAACUGGACCGGUAACGCAGGAUCACUCUCCCCACCAGUUCCCAACAGCGGCAACGGUGAACCUAAGCUAGCCAACGGCCUCGUCGCUUGUAGUCAUCGGCCAUCCGAUGAUUUGAGCGUCUUCAACUACAUCACCUCUGAUAACGCCAUGAUGUCAGUCGAACUCGACAACGUCGCUAAUGUGCUAGACAAGACGAGAAGUCAGAAGACGCUCGCAAAGACUCUUCGAAGCCACGCCAAAACAAUACGCCAAGCUGUAUGGAACCAUACCUUGACAUCAAAUGGCAUCUUUGCCUACGAGACAAACGGUUAUGGUGGACAGUACAUCAUGGACGACGCCAACGUUCCCAGUCUUGUAUCUUUGCCAUACCUAGGCUUCCUCGACCGUUCCGACAAGACAUACCAAAAGACGAAGUCACUUCUAUUCUCCCGCGCAAACCCAUACUACGCAGUCGGAAAGACAUUCCGCGGCAUCGGUGGUCCUCAUGCGAACGCUACAAACCCUUGGCCUAUGGCGCACGUAUCAGCUAUCUACGGCACAGACGACGACGAUGAAAUUAAGGAGCGACUCAAUAUGAUUCUAGAGAACACAUCUGGACUUGGGUUGAUCCAUGAGAGUGUUAAUAUUUAUAACUCGACUGUGUUUACACGACCUUGGUUUGCGUGGGCGAAUAGUUAUUUUGCCGAGAUGGUGCUUGAUUUGGCGGAGAGGAAACCUGGGUUGAUCUUCAAGGAUAACAAGCCAUACGUUAUCGGGAAAUAG